UCACACUACCUGAAUAACGCCCCUAACUGGAGCCCCUAAAGGAACGGAGUUGGAAAAUGUUAUUUUCAAACAGUUUCGCGUUCAAAACCACUAUUUUAACUAGGACAUAUUCUCCUCGUUCAGUACAUGGGUAGUCUAUUGAACUGCAUAUAUGCAAGUGGACGCUACUCAUUAUUAACAUAAUGUUAUUUACAAAGCGUUUGUAUUAAAAGUGUAGGAAUUUCUGUACAGUAUAUGUUGGAGACACUGAUUAAAUCCAAUUCCACGCCCAAAUUCAACCUCUUGAGAGUCCUGCUGUUGCUUUACGCUCUAGGGCGUUAAGACAGAACUGGGGAUAAAUUAGCUGCAGGUAAUUUUUCCACCCAUAGGCGGCAGUAUCCAACAAAUGCAAUCCUAAAUGAAUUAUGUUCUCAUAAAUCCCUUUGAUUAUUAAUAGACAAUACAUCAAGCUGGCUCCGAUACCACAGAUAGUGAAAGUGACAAGUAAACACGGCGCUGGGGGGUGAGGUAAAAUCCAAAUUAUUUAACUGCCGGCUGUUAAAACGUUAUUUAUCUCAAUAAAACGCCACUGCCUGGACAAGAGCUGCCUUUUUAUCCAAGAUACCGCUGUGCACAGUCACUGCCUAUUCGCGCAUGGCUACUCCAUCACUUGAGAGGUCCGUCGGCAGGGUCUCCUCCUCGGAGCAUCCUGCAUCUUUCAGCCGGGCUCUUAUCAGCGCCAAAGCGGAGCAUCUGCGCCUGCAGGCUUUGGUUCUUGGAGCAAUGAAAAGCAGGAACUAGUUUUUUUUUUUUUAAAGGAAUGACUAGGUCAAAAGUAUUUCGAUGGAGUCCUUGAAUGCUGUUGAGCUUUCUCAUUUGGGGGGCGAGAGGAGUGAUUCUGGCCAUCAGUUCUCAAAUUCCCAGCAACGAGGACAGCAGUCACCUCAGACGACAUUCGGUCAGGGCAUCGAAAACGCCUCAUUCCAGUCCGAGGAGCAGGAGUCUGGCUUCGCCCAUCAGGGGGUGGCCGGCACCAACCUCCCCUUCUCCGCACCCGCUGACAGGGAUCAUCCAUCACACACACAGCAUCUACAGCGGGACGUGCCAUCACCCAAGUCCGACGAAGAGGCAGAGGCAGAAGCUGGCGGCCAGCCGGUCGAUUAUGGCUUCAUUUUCGCCCUGGUCUUCUUGGUGAGUGGCAUUGUCCUGGUGGUGAUAGCCUACACCAUCCCCCGCGAGGCUCGAGUCAAUCCGGAUACAGUGAGCGCCAGGCAGAUGGAAAGACUGGAGAUGCACUACGCUCAGCUGGGCUCCCACCUUGACAAGUGCAUCAUCGCAGGGCUUGGCCUGCUGACGUUGGGCGGGAUGCUCCUCUCGGUGCUUCUCAUGGUGUCCAUUUGCAAAGGCGAGCUGUACCGAAGGAGGACAUUCACCAUGUACCGAGGGCCGAGAAAGACCUACGGAUCUAUAAACCUGCGAAUGAGACAGCUGGAAAGUGAAGGCAGGGAGACUCUGGUGGAGUGGGAGCCGGUGGCCGGCUUGUCCUCGGCCAUGAACACGUCCACGUCUGCCGUUGUCCCCGUGGUGAGCACAGAGGCGGUCAGCUAAAAUCGACACGCUUUCACACCAACAGCAGCACAACUUUCCUUUUUUGCCUGAUGCUGGAGUCCAAGGUUUGUUUUGACAGGCGUUCGAGGGCUCGGGGGCAUGACAGAGGUGGCCGCGGUCCGGAAAUGGACUUUUCCAGAAGGACUUCUCAACACGGGCACCCCACACCAGCCCCAUUCCGGCAGUCCCAAAGACGCACACGACCUACAUGUGUACAAGCUUUCGCCGUACAUAUCAGGCCAUGGUUAACGGCCUAUGACCAUUUAUAAAGCACAACGAAUACAGUUGCAGAAGUUGUGGUGUACUUCAAAGAAAAGUUGCUACUGGUUCUUUAUGAAGAACAAAAAGAACAAAAAUAUCGUAUGUCACAUAAUGUAUACAGUAAAGUACGAAAAGAUAUUAAAGAGUUUAAAGCUUAAUUAUCAUAUAAAGCUGCAAUAUGCCUUAAAUGACAAAAAAAAAAAACACUUCGGCCAAAUGUGAGGAGUAGAUCAUGUAUUUAACACUUUAAGGUCUAACAAAAGCUGUGCUUCUGCAUUUGCUUUUAUUACGCCAAGGAUGACUUGGAUUUAAAUGUAGCAACACAAUGGAUUCACUUUAAAACCUGCAGGUCACACUAGGUCAGCAUUCUAAAACCUUUCGAGCUGCUCAGAUAUUUAAUCAGGGUUACCUUUGCCCAGAUUUCCUCUGAUAUAGAAAACAACAAGAGAUGUUUCAUUAUUAUUAUAAUAGUGUCAUGGGUAUGUGUUUAGAGCAAGGGACAACGCAAUGUCCGUCAGGAAUGUUCAGUACAUCUGAGAUAGGCACAGUGAAAGAUGAAUGUUUCUGUCCUAAUCAGGAAUGUUUUUAAUUACUGCUAAUCCUGAACCUUCUAUGUAAGGAUAUGCAGUACAAUACACAGAAUAUACUAAAGGAUUCUGAAUUACACGGAAUGUAAGUUACAGGUAGCAAAUCGCUUAAAUACACUUUUUUUCUGUAAUACAAAGUGGCACAAAUUCAGUUAAGCAAUGAAAAAAA